GGUGCACUUUGAGCGUAGCACCCAGGGGGCUGGUCCUACCGGACAAGAUGGAGUUCCUGCAGGUCCUGAAACGCGGGCUGCAGCAGCUCAGCGGCCACGGUGGCCUCCGCGGCUAUCUACGAGUUUUCUUCAGGGCAAACGAUGUGAGGGUUGGUACAUUAGUGGGGGAAGACAAAUAUGGAAACAAAUACUAUGAGGACAACAAGCAAUUUUUUGGUCGUCACCGAUGGGUUAUAUAUACAACUGAAAUGAAUGGCAAGAACACGUUUUGGGAUGUGGAUGGAAGCAUGGUCCCCCCUGAAUGGCCUCCCUGUUCCCUGAAACACAAUAUUGAAAUUAGGCCAAUCAAUAACCCUUCAAAGGCCUUUGAGUGUUCAAGAGAAAGGAAGAGUUGCACAUCUGUCACUUUAUUACAUGUGCUGCUGAAGUGAGCACACAUCUGUCACUUUAAAUCAAAAGCUAAAAGUGAUAAAGCUUAGUGAGGAAGGCAUGUUGAAAGCCAAGAUAGGCUGAAUGCUAGGCCUCUUGUGUCAAACAGUUAGCCACGUUGUGAAUGCAAAAGAAAAGUUCUUGAAGGAAGUUAAAAGUGCUACUCCAGUGAACACAAGAAUGAUGAGAAAGUGAAACAGCCUUAUUGCUGAUACGGAGAAAGUUUUUGUGUUCUGGACAGAAGAUCAAACCAACCACAGCAUUUCUUAAGCCAAAGCUUAGUCUAGAGCAAAUCCCUACCUCUUCAAUUCUGUGAAGGCUGAGAGGUGAGGAAGCUGCAAAAGAAAAGUGAAGCUAGCAGAGUUUGGUUCAUAAAGUUUAAGGAAAGACACUGUUUCCAUAACAUAAGAGUGCAAGGUAAAGCAGCAAGUGCUGAUAUGAAAGUUGCAGCAAGUUAUUCAGAAGAUCUAGCGAAGAUAGUUAGUGAAGGUGGCUACACUAAACAACAGAUUUUCAAUGUAGACGAAACAGCACUCUAUUGGAAGAAGAUGCCAUCUAGGACUUUCAUAGCUAGAGAAAAGUCCGUGCCUGGCUUCAGAGCUUCAAAGGACAGGCUGACUCUCUUGUUAGGGGCUAAUGCAGCCGGUGAUUUUCAGUUGAGGCCUGUAUUCAUUCACUGUUCAGAAAAUCCCAUGGCCCUUAAGAAUGAUGCUAAAUCUUAUGCUCUACCAAUGGAACAACAAAGCCUGAGCGACCACACAUCUGUUUACAGCAUGGCUUACUGGAUAUUUUAAGCCUGCUAUUGGGACCUACUGCUCAGAAAAAAAGAUGCCUUUCAAAAUAUUAGUGUUCAUUGUCAAUGCACCUGGUUACCCAGCAGCUCUGAUGGAGAUGUACAGUGAGAUUCAUGUUUCAUACCUGCUAACACAAUAUCUUUAGCCCACAGAUGAAGGAGUAAUUUUGAUUUUCAAGUAUUAUUUAAGAGAGACCUUGCAUAAGGCUAUAGCUGCCUCUGCUGGAUCUGGUCAAAGUAAAUGGAAAAUCUUCUCAGAAGGAUUCAAUCAUUCUAGAUGCCAUUAAAAACAUUUGUGAUUUCAUGGGAAGAGGUCAAAAUACCAUCAUUAACAGGAGUUUAGAAGAAGUUGAUUCCAACCCAUUGAUCAUGGAUGAUUUUGAGGGGUUUAUCACUUCAGUGGAUAAAGUAAUUAUGGAAGUAAAUGUAGAAAUUGCAAGAGAACAAGAAGUGGAGCCUGAAGACGUGACUGAGUUGUUGCAGUUUUAUGAUCAAACUUGAAUGGAUGAGGAGUUCCUUCUCAUGGAUGAGCAAAGAAAGUGGUUUGUUGAUCUAGAAUCUACUCCUGGCAGAGAUGCUGUGAAGAUUGUUGAAAUGACAAAGGAUUUAGAAUAUAACAUAAACUUAGUUGAUAUGGUAGUGGCAGGCUUGAGAGGAUUGACUCCAAUUUUGAAAGAAGUUUUACUGUGGGUAAAGGCUAUCAAAUAGCAUUACAUGGCUACAGAGAAAUCCUUAAUGAGAAGGAAGAGUGGAUCAGUGUGAUAAACUUCAUUGUUGUCUUAUUUUAAGAAAUCGCCACUGUCACCCCACCACUCUGGUCAGUCAGCAGCCAUCAACUUCAAGGCAAGAACCCUCCAUGAGCCAAAAAAUUAAAAACUCCCUAAAAGCUCAGAUGGUGGUUAGUAUUUUCAGCAAGCAAUAAAGUAUUUUUUAAUCAAGGCA